AAAUCAGUGACUCGGUAUUCUCAUUGAACGCGGAUUGAACGUCGAGUGCACGUCGAGCGUAUAUUCGAACAUACCGUUCCUUAUCGUAAUUUCUAUGAAAGUGUCGGACCUCGUCAUGGUUAACACGUAGCCGGUGUUCAACGUGUCAUAGACCUCCUGAUCCUAGCCUAGGCAUAGUGGUUUAGUAAUUUGUUGCGGGCUGCUUCUUGGUUUGCAACGUGUCAAAUAAAAAACAAAUGUUAAUAUGUCGCUGGCGAACGUCUGUUGAAACAUAACAGUAAAAAUAUCUAUCACGUUCGUAGUAUUUCAAUGAAAAUAUGUUGCCAAAUAGAACGAGCACGACGAACACCAGAAAAGAUAUGUUCCCUGAUAAGAAAUCGACUUCUAAGCAAAUGAAAACUUCCACGUUAACAAACGCCGUUGGCCUUAGUUCCUUAAUUACAUUCACCGUUUUAUUACUCGCUUGGAUUUCGGGAUUUGCCUCUCGAUUAUUUGCGGUGAUACGUUUCGAAAGUAUCAUACAUGAAUAUGAUCCAUGGUUUAACUACAGAGCAACAGCUUAUAUGGUGGAACAUGGAUUUUAUAAUUUUUUAAAUUGGUUCGAUGAAAGAGCAUGGUAUCCGUUGGGUCGUAUCGUAGGUGGAACUGUUUAUCCUGGAUUGAUGAUAACAUCUGGGUUCAUACACCACAUAUUACAUUCAUUAAACAUCCCAGUGCAUAUAAGGGACAUCUGUGUAUUCUUAGCUCCAAUAUUUAGUGGCCUUACAGCCAUCUCUACGUACUUAUUAACGAAGGAAAUAUGGAACGCAGGAGCUGGAUUGUUCGCAGCUUGCUUCAUCGCGAUUGUACCUGGCUAUAUCUCAAGAUCUGUAGCCGGGAGUUACGACAACGAAGGCAUUUCCAUUUUCGCGUUACAAAUUACAUAUUAUCUAUGGGUGAAGUCGGUUAAGACCGGCUCUAUUUUCUGGGCAUCGAUGACUGCCCUGUCCUACUUUUAUAUGGUAUCUGCAUGGGGUGGUUACGUCUUCAUUAUCAACUUGAUUCCCCUCCACGUUUUCGCGUUGUUGGUCAUGAACAGAUUUAGUUAUCGCCUUUUCACGAGUUACACCACGUUCUAUAUCCUUGGACUCCUGUUCAGUAUGCAAAUACCCUUCGUGGGUUUCCAACCAAUUAGAACAUCGGAACAUAUGGCAGCGGCAGGCGUGUUUGGUCUAUUAAUUUUUGUGGCAACUCUUAGAUACUUAAGAACUGUACUUACGAAAUCUGAAAUGAAAUACUUUGGAGGGAUAGUUACGGUCACAGCUGGUAUUCUACUGUUAAUUUUGAUUUGUUUAACUUAUGCUGGUGUCGUUGCACCUUGGAGUGGACGAUUUUAUUCGCUUUGGGAUACUGGCUACGCGAAGAUACACAUUCCAAUAAUAGCAUCUGUUUCGGAGCAUCAGCCGACAACGUGGUUUAGCUUCUUCUUCGAUUUACAUAUUCUGGUUACGACGUUUCCUGUAGGUCUUUGGUACUGCAUUAAACAUAUUAACGAUGAACGGGUUUUUGUUAUAUUGUAUGCUAUAAGUGCCGUUUACUUUGCCGGAGUGAUGGUGAGGCUUAUGCUCACUCUAACUCCAGUUGUCUGUAUGCUUGCCGGAGUAGCGUUUAGUGAUCUCCUUGAACUAUUCUUCAAAGAAGAAGACGAGAGGAACGAUCGGAGUAAUACUGGAAGCGAAGAAGAAAGCGAGGAGGAAAGAGAAAAGAGUCCUGGUAGAGCACUGUAUGACAAGGCUGGUAAACUCCGUAGAAUGAAACACGAAAGACCUAGAGGCAAUGGCGACGGUUUAGGUGUAAACCUUCGAAAUGGUGUUGUUAUCGGGGCAUUUAUGCUGAUGAUGAUGUUUACCUUGCAUUGUACUUGGAUCACAAGUAAUGCGUACUCUAGCCCUUCAAUUGUUCUGGCAACAUAUAGUAACGAUGGCGGUCGCGCUAUUCUCGACGAUUUUAGAGAAGCUUACUAUUGGUUGGCACAAAAUACACCUAUCGAUGCUAGGAUUAUGAGCUGGUGGGAUUAUGGUUAUCAAAUUGCUGGGAUGGCUAACAGAACUACACUUGUGGACAAUAAUACUUGGAACAAUUCACAUAUAGCUCUGGUUGGAAAAGCGAUGAGCUCGAAUGAAAGUGCUGCUUAUGAAAUUAUGACGUCGUUAGAUGUAGACUACGUAUUAGUUAUUUUCGGAGGAAUGAUCGGAUAUUCCGGAGAUGAUGUUAACAAGUUCCUUUGGAUGGUAAGAAUCGCCGAAGGUGAACAUCCGCAAGAUAUUCGCGAGAGUGACUACUUCUCGGAGAAGGGAGAGUUUCGUGUGAAUUCGGAAGGUUCGCCAACCCUCUUGAAUUCGCUUAUGUAUAAAUUAAGUUAUUACCGAUUCGGAGAAGUGAAACUUGAUUAUCGGUCACCGUCUGGUUACGAUCGUACGCGUAAUUCUGAGAUAGGAAAUAAAAAUUUCCAAUUAACAUAUUUGGAGGAAGCCUAUACAAGCGAACAUUGGCUUGUUAGAAUUUACAGGGUGAAGAAACCAAAUGAAUUUAAUAGACCAAGCAUUCCAAUAUCUAAACGAGUUAUCACACGUAAUGCCAACUCGUAUGUCAGUAAAAAGACACCGCGUCGUAAGAAAGGUUACUUAAAAGGCCGGCCAACUGUUAUUAAAGGACAGAAACCUCAACGAAGAACUACGUAACAUACGUGUAUUAUCUAAUUCAUAAUAAUUUUCAAAUACAAUUUUAUAAUAAAAGAAAGAAUUACCGUCCCUUGGGUCUACCACAAACUAUACCUCCUAAGAAUUUAAUAUCAUUGAAAAUUUAACAUCGAUUGAAGAAAAGCAACGCUUAAAGCAAUUGGGACACUUUUUUCAAUAAGAACAACUUUGUAAAGGAGGGAUCAUAUUAUUAGUUUGAUGUAUUACACUACAUUUAAUUCUUGUUGAUUUUUUUAAGAUUAUUAAAUGCUGUCUAUGUAUUAUCUCUUACUAGGCUUAGGCAAAAUAUCAUUUUUUUAAUGAUUGCAGCUUCCGAUGCAUCUUUAUAACAAAUUCACUUUAUUUAUGCAAUAUAAAAGCAAUAUCUUUAUAUGUCUAAAAAUUUUUCUGUACUUAUUCAGUAUUCAACCUUUGGCACAAAUUUUUAUUGUCCGCUUUAUGAGUAUUGUACGUUUAUAGGAGCAAACAAUGGAUGUGAAAUAUUAAAUUCUGAAUUGUCGAGUGGAAACACUGAAAAAUAAUUACGUGUACAUUUUUGUUAUGCCUGUGUAAUGCACACUAAACUUCAAUAAAAAAAGGUUCACUAGUCGAA